CCAAGGCCGAGUUGAAUUGGCGCUGAUCUCGAGGCGGCUAGCCCUGCUGUUGUGGAGAGAGCCAAGUCUGGGAGCGCGUCAGCUCAAUCCUCACAGCCACAAGCUGAGCACGGAGACGCUGCGUAGUCGGCCCUGCACUUCUACACAUCCUCCCUACCCACGGCGUUGCUGACCCGGGGCAACUCAACUGCAUUCCGACAUUCCCCACUGUCUUUUAUCUUCUCGCUGACUCUGCAUUUCCCUUUCCUUGUCCUCUCCGCCCCUGCGCCAUCCCCCAGGAGGGUCGCAUGUCUGGUGCCGUCGUUUGCGGACCCCCGAAAACAUUCACGCCUACAUUUUCGCAUAGUGCAAUACUACGAUACUAGAGCAGUCGACUGCCAUUGAGCCUGGGAGAGUGACGAAGCAUUCGCGAUUGGCUGGGUCCUGUAGCGCAUCAUGGACGACUGGACGUCGAAACAGCUCCCUGAGCGCCUUCCCUUCUCCAAGAAGCGCCUUCCUAAGAAGGUCAUCUUCUCAUAUAUUGGCGACUAUCUCAUCAUAUUUGUUCUCAUAGUAGCUUUUACCAUUGUCGACAAGAUCCCGCCCUUCCACCAGCACUUCGCCCUCGAAAACUACACCCUGCAUUACCCCUUCGCCGAACAUGAGCGCGUACCCGUCCCGUGGCUAUGCGUCUACGUUAUCCUCGCUCCCGCUGCGGUCAUCGCACUCUACACAAUGGUCAUCGAUGGGCUCUUCUCACACCAGACGACAAUGCCCGCAGGUAGGGCUGGUAUCAAGCGCCUAUCAGGAAGAUAUCGAUUUAAGGAUCGAUUGUGGGAAUUGAACUGUGGCAUCCUUGGCCUUGGCUUGAGCGUUGGCGCCGCCUUCACCAUCACCGGAGCCUUGAAGAACGCCAUUGGCAAGCCGCGGCCGGAUCUGAUCAGCCGUUGCAUCGUCGAUGAAACCAAGGUCAACCUUGCAAAAUACGCAUUGCAAACCAUCGACAUCUGCAAGCAGACUGACAAUUACAUUCUACAAGAUGGUUUCAAAAGCUUCCCCUCUGGGCACAGCAGCGUCUCCUUUGCCGGUCUCUUCUACCUCUCCAUCUACCUCGCUGGAAAGCUACACGUUCUCGAUGCCAAGGGCGAAGUCUGGAGAACCUUCCUCGUCAUGGUUCCUGCCCUCGGAGCUGCUCUGAUUACAGGAACCCGUAUCAUGGAUGCCCGUCACCACCCAUUCGACGUCCUCUCCGGCGCCCUACUCGGCAUACUCGUAUCCUGGGGCUCCUACCGCCAAUACUUCCCUCCCGUCUCCGAGACAUGGCGCAAGGGACGCGCCUACCCCAUUCGAGCUUGGGGCCAGGCAUCGCGCGCACCACCGCAGCCCACGAUCAUGGUCGACGAGGAUGUACAACCACUACAGCGCAUGGCCAAGCCGGUGGACGAGGAACGCGGAGAAGCGUCUGGUUACUCCUCUACAACGGCAGUGCCUGAAGGUAGCGGCGAACAUACAGGCAACGUCUUCCGCCAACAAAUCCACAACUCGCAACGCAGACGCCAGGAAUCCGGAUCCCAGUACGGCGUUGAUCGCAGCGAUACAGCAGCAUCGAGCAACUACCGAACCGGCACAAUGGGGUCCACCAUGACGUCGAAAGUGCACACAUACCAGAAUCAAUUGCCAGCCACAAAUCCCUUCGCAGUAGAUGUUGCGCGCCAACGCCAAAUGGACACUUAUGACUACUCGUCUUCAGAAGAUGACGACAACUUUGAAUUGCAAUCAAGGGCAGGCGUGUACAACCCAGUAAAUGGCAGGCUGACGGAUACGGGAUACCACCCGCCAGUGGGUCUUUCCCCGGUGCCUACACCACCACCUCCGGUCAAUACCAUCAUACCGAACCAGCAGACAACGAUGUCACCUACGGGAGAUUUGGCGGAUAGGAGAGGCGCGCCACCAAUGCCUCCGCCACAUGCUAUAAGUACGGCGCCUCAGCAGAUAUGAUCAGAAAAACGAAAAGCCUUGUUUAGCAGAACGCCCGGAGUUGUUUUCUAGACAUGCGAUCAAGCAUAUGUUAGCAUGUUAGUGUAUUGAAUAUACGUGUAAUCUUCACCCAAGCAUGAUCAAGACGU